CAGAAAAUGAGAGAAAUUGUGCAUCUACAAGCUGGUCAGUGUGGAAACCAGAUUGGUGCUAAGUUUUGGGAGGUGAUUAGUGACGAGCAUGGUAUCGACCCAACUGGCACAUACCAUGGUGACAGUGAAUUACAAUUGGAUAGGAUCAAUGUUUACUACAAUGAAGCUUCAGGUGGAAAAUAUGUUCCCCGGGCUAUAUUGGUUGAUCUAGAGCCAGGCACAAUGGAUUCUGUGCGGUCUGGACCUUUUGGCCAGGUCUUUAGACCAGACAACUUUGUUUUUGGGCAGAGUGGUGCAGGUAACAAUUGGGCUAAAGGUCACUACACUGAAGGUGCAGAGCUGGUGGACUCUGUCUUGGAUGUGGUGAGGAAGGAGGCUGAGAGCUGUGACUGCCUCCAGGGUUUCCAGCUUACACACUCUCUGGGUGGCGGCACUGGCUCGGGCAUGGGCACUCUUCUCAUCAGCAAAAUCCGGGAAGAGUACCCAGAUCGCAUUAUGAACACCUUCAGCGUGGUGCCUUCCCCAAAAGUAUCCGACACUGUGGUUGAGCCCUACAACGCUACGCUAUCGGUCCACCAGCUUGUAGAGAACACAGAUGAGACCUACUGCAUCGACAACGAGGCGCUGUACGAUAUCUGCUUCCGCACCCUGAAGCUCACCACUCCCUCGUACGGCGACCUCAACCACCUUGUGUCGGUCACCAUGAGCGGUGUCACCACCUGCCUCAGGUUCCCUGGACAGCUAAACGCCGACCUGCGUAAACUGGCUGUCAACAUGGUGCCUUUCCCCCGUCUGCACUUCUUCAUGCCUGGCUUCGCCCCACUUACAAGCAGAGGUAGCCAGCAGUACAGGGCCCUCUCUGUGCCGGAGCUCACUCAGCAGAUGUUUGAUGCUAAAAACAUGAUGGCCGCCUGUGACCCACGCCAAGGCCGCUACCUCACCGUAGCCGCCAUCUUCCGUGGCCGCAUGUCCAUGAAGGAGGUGGAUGAGCAGAUGCUUAAUGUCCAGAACAAGAAUAGCAGUUACUUCGUGGAAUGGAUCCCCAACAACGUCAAGACCGCUGUGUGCGACAUUGCUCCUCGUGGUCUCAAGAUGGCUGCUACAUUUAUUGGCAACACUACAGCAAUCCAAGAGCUGUUCAAGCGCAUCUCUGAGCAAUUCACAGCAAUGUUCAGGCGUAAAGCUUUUCUUCAUUGGUACACCGGUGAAGGCAUGGAUGAGAUGGAGUUCACUGAGGCUGAGAGCAACAUGAAUGACCUGGUGUCAGAGUACCAGCAAUACCAGGAUGCCACUGCUGAGGAUGAGGGAGAAUAUGGUGAGGAUGACGAUGAAGAUAUUGCUUAAACCGCCUCCUCCUUUGUUAAAUAUGUUCAAAGUCUUCCAGGCUUCAGUGCUGCUAGUAAAAUUACAAGUUUUGUGCCAGUUAACUUUUGACUAUCUAUUUGAAACGUUUUUCUUAAACAUUUUGAAUUUUUGCAAUUGAUUUGUAAUGGUGACAGUGUUUUUUUUUUUUUGUUUUUUUUUUCAAUUCAAAAGAUUUGUAAAAUAUGAUUGUGUAAAGCCAUGCUUCUUCAGAAAGUCAUACACAAUCAGAAUAUGUUCUAACUGCAUUGUUAAAUAAAAUAAGAUUACAAAUGUACCAAAUAAACGUAAAUUAUACUGACAAUUUAAUGAAAGCAAAUACUUGUUGCCUUCUU